AUGCAUCAGCAUGUGCUGGCGACAGCAUUCGCUGAUGCAGCCGCCAAGUGGCGUGUGGCCCGGCCGGCCGUGGACGCUGUCUGCGACACGCAACCAUGCGGCGGCACAACUAAGCACAACUCUCACUGCGCGCGCCGCGUGUGGUUGUCGCUACCUCGCCAGCCCACUUUACCCGUUAAUUCACCGAGUCAGACCCAGCCCCAGACUCAGAUACACAAUUCAGUGUUCUGA